AUGCGAUCAAAAAGCACUGGGUUUGGGCAAAUAAUGACACGGACGACACAAUAUACGUACAGCAAGACAAUGCCCGGUCGCACAUUUCCGUUGACGACGCUGGUUUUGCCGCUGCCGUCGCUUCUGGUGGUUGGAAGAUCAAGUUGA